AUGGAUUUGGAAAGUGGGUGUUCGUCACUUGAAUCUAGGGAAGAUGAUGAAGUUAGAACCCCUGGUAAAUUGGUUAAUUCUUCUGACGACACCACCAAGAUUGCAAACAAUGGCUCCUGCGUUGUUGUUGAUGAUGAUAAACUAGUGGAAAAUGCAAAAGGGAAGGGGAUUGAAGUUACGGAGUUAGUGAAUUCACCUCCGACGAUCGCGUCGCCUUUGGGGACAGCCAUGAAAGGCUAUGGGUUGAAGAAAUGGAGACGGAUUAGGAGGGAAGUGAAUACUGAUGGGAGCAUUAAUGUAGAUAGUAGUAAGAUAUUGAAGCGGGGUUUGUCGAAUACGGCUGCUAAAUCAAUCAAAAUUUCGCAUUUUUCUGCUGAUGUGAAGCAAAAGAGUGCGGGCUCCAUUUCGUCAACAAAUGCAAUGGUGAGAAGUCCGGGAGCUGUGGUUGAUGGUUUCAUCAUGAUUGGCGAUCCUGGGUCAGCAGUUGGACCCACCUUUAAUGCCCGGGAAGAUUCCGAGAGCAGCGAGGAUCGGAGCAGCAGGUCUUCCACGGCAGCGAGCGCUCCAAAGAUGAGGUGUGAGAAACCUGCAGGGGCACGGGAUAAGAACAGGAGGAGUCUGAGUGGGAAGAAUAUGGCUAAUUCGGUGCAGCGGAGUCAGCAGGGGAAGGGUCAGAUUGAAACGAGUAAGAAACCUAGAGGUGAAUUGAUCAAAAUCGAGAAGGAAAACUCUCAUUCCAGCAUGGAAUCUGACUCGCGAAGCUCCAACUUUGUCUUUAUGCAAGGCACUGAUUCUGUGACCAGUAAUGGGAGACAAAGUGGAAUGCCAAUGAACUAUGAUGGAGAAAAUAGUGACGAAGCUCAGGGCUGUGAUCAACAGUUUAGUGAGGAAUUUCAAAUUGGUAAUGGCAGAAAAGAGAUGGGAGAAUUUGAAGAGGUGUUUCAAGAAAAUUUAGGGGUUGACUUGUCUUGGGAGGCUAAGGAAGAAAAAAGCGAGAACCAGGGGUCCUCUUCAGAUAAGGAUUCUCUGGUUGAGUCCAUCCUUUCACUCCAGUCUGUGCAGGAUGCGCUUGAAAAAGAAGUUCAGAAAUUAAAAGACAUUGGCAAGGAAGAUAUUUCUGUCUUCAAUGGUAGUAGUUCACCUUCAAAGUUCACUUAUGAUGACCCAGAAGUCCAUGAACAAAGUUCGUCCGACCCAUUGCUAUGUGAUGAGAGUGGACAAAGUGCCUCUCAUCCAUUUGAAACCCAGUUGGUUAGCUUAAAACGGAGUGUCAAUUCUUUGGAGAGCAAGCUGGCGGAGGCAAGGGUCAUGCUCCAAAUGAAGGAAGUCAAGAUUACUGAACUUGAAGCCACACUAGGUAGGAGCAUGUCUGCAAAGGAAGAAUCAGGGAGCACUGUAGGGUUGCAACAAGAAAAAUAUAGAGGGGUGGAGACUGAACUUGAGGGCCUCUUCAGUCAAAAGAUUGAAUCUGAGGUUCAGUAUUUAGCAAUAUCGAGAACCGUCCAAAAUUUGAGAGUUGCAGCAGUGGAUCAAAUCACACUUCUGGAAGAACAAAAAACUCUUGCUUUGGAGCAGGCCCAGAUGCUGAACAAGCUUGGAUAUGUAGAAGGAAAGGCUGCCAUGCUAAAAAGGGAAGCUGAAAAGUUGGAGACUUAUUGUGAAGAUAUUGUCGCUGCCGAUGACGUUUUGAGGCUUCAGAAGAAGAUUUGUAAGUUUACUUGGUGUUUCUUUAUACAGUUGAUGUUGCUGGUUGUUAUCCUGGCACUUUUUGUGUUCAAGUUAUCACCCCUUAAUGCUGGGGUGGUGGUACCCACCUAAUUUUGCAGACUGUGAGUCAUUUUGUAUUAUUCAACCUUCCCUUAAGCAAAAUGUUUUGAUGUUAGUUUGUUAGAAGUUGAUAAAUAUAUCAGAUUCCGAGUCUGUUCCCAUAUAACAGCAAUUCUCAACAUCAAAAGUUGAAGAUACAUUCUUAUUCAGUAAAUUUUGCCCUAUGGCCUCG